UAGGACCCCACACAUGCCGCCAAAAAUUUAAGUUGCCUACGGUUUUCCUGUUGUCGGUUGUAAACACUACGCUCCUCAUUUUCUGGAGUGCUGGAUUUACAGUUUUUCGUUAGCAUAUUCCUUGGGGUUUGUGGAGGAAAGCCGGCACAAAGAUGCACAUCAAGUCUAUAAUCAUCGAGGGAUUCAAGUCCUAUGCGCAAAGAACGGAGAUCAAUGGUUUCGACCCGCUGUUUAACGCGAUCACUGGACUGAACGGCAGUGGCAAGUCCAAUAUCCUUGACUCCAUAUGUUUUCUGCUGGGCAUUUCUAAUCUUUCUCAUGUACGAGCCUCCAACCUUCAGGAUCUGGUGUACAAAAAUGGUCAGGCUGGCAUCACUAAAGCCACUGUCUCCAUUACUUUUGACAACUCCAAUAAAAGCCAGAGUCCCCUUGGCUUUGAGACUCACGACGAGAUCACCAUCACUAGACAGGUGGUUAUUGGUGGAAGAAAUAAAUACCUGAUUAAUGGAGUUAACGCUAACAACACCAGAGUCCAGGACCUGUUCUGCUCUGUUGGGCUCAAUGUCAACAAUCCCCAUUUCCUCAUCAUGCAGGGAAGAAUCACAAAGGUUUUGAAUAUGAAGCCACCAGAGAUUCUAGCUAUGAUUGAAGAGGCAGCAGGUACAAGAAUGUAUGAGUGCAAAAAGAUCAGUGCUCAGAAAACAAUAGAAAAGAAAGAAGCCAAAUUAAAGGAAAUUCAGACUAUUUUAGAUGAGGAAAUUACUCCAACCAUGCAGAAACUGCAGGAGGAAAGGUCAUCCUACCUGGAAUACCAGAAGCUAAUGCGCGAGAUCCAACACCUGACUCGUCUGUAUGUCGCCUGGCUGUUUGUUUGUGCUGAGGAGACCAAAACUAAAUCAGCAGAAAAUCUCAGGGUGAUGCAAGAAAACAUUGCCAAGAUGCAAGCUACCAUGGCUGAGAAUGAGGCCAAGGUGAAGGAGCUGAUGGCUCAAAUUCAUGAGCUGCAGAAGAAAAAAGAUCAGGAGGUAAAUGGGGUUUUGAAAACUUUGGAGGAAUCUCUUGCUGAAGUACAGCGUGUGGAUGCCAAAGCUCAAAGUGCCCUUGAUAUGAAAAAACAGAAUCUGAAAGAUGAAACUAAGAAAAAGAAGGAGCUGGUCAAAAGUAUGGAUGAGGACAAAAAAAUGCUUGUGGUGAAAGAAAAGGAGGUUGCUAAAUUUACUGAACAGCUUCUGACCUUACAAGAAGAAGGGCAAAAGGACAACGCUGCUUUGGAAGCUGCUGAGCAACAUUUCAGGGCUGUUUCUGCUGGUCUUUCUACAAAUGAAGAUGGAGAAGAGGCCACUCUGGCUGGCCAGAUGAUGGCCUGUAAAAAUGACAUGAGCAAAGCAGAUACUGAAGCAAAGCAGGCCCAGAUGACCCUGAAACAUGCCCAGGCUGAACUGAAAACAAAGCAAGCAGAGGUAAAAAAGAUGGACAGUGGCUAUAAGAAGGAUCAGGACGCAUUCAAUGCUGUCAGAAACAACAGGGAAAAACUGCAAGCUGAAUUGGAAAAACUCAACUAUGAGGAUGGCAAGGAAGAAAGGCUGUUGGGUCAGAAAAGACAGCUGUCUAGAGAGGUUUCUAAACUUAAAGAAACUUAUGAAAGUCUGGUUUCCCGCUUUCCUAACCUACGCUUUGACUACAAGGACCCAGAGAGAGGCUGGGACCGCAGCAAAGUAAAGGGCUUACUGGCUAACCUGAUUUCAGUGCAUGAUGUGUCUUAUGCCACAGCCUUGGAGGUAGUGGCAGGAGGGCGACUCUAUAACAUUGUUGUGGACACUGAGGUGACUGGUAAGAAACUUUUGGAGAAGGGUGAGUUGCAGAGAAGAUAUACCAUCAUACCCUUGAACAAAAUCUCUGCCAAAACCCUCAAUGACAGAGUUGUCAACACUGCAAAGAACCUGGUUGGAGAAAACAAUGUUCACACAGCUCUGUCACUUGUCGGCUACGAAUCUGACCUCCGUAAAGCUAUGGAGUACGUGUUUGGUUCAACAUUAGUUUGUGAUACUUUGGACAAUGCCAAAAGGGUGGCUUUUGAUAAACAGGUGAUGACUAAAACAGUCACACUAGGAGGAGAUAUCUUUGACCCACAGGGAACACUGAGUGGAGGUGCUCGUUCCCAGACUGCAUCAGUUUUGACCAGCCUACAGUCUCUAAAGGAUGUUCAGGACGAGCUGAUUGAAAAGGAAAAGCAGCUUAAAGAAAUUGAAAGGCAGCUGGCUAGUGUGAAGACGACUGCAGAGAAAUAUCGGCAGCUGAAGCAACAGUUUGAGCUGAAGGUUGAAGAGGAGCAAAUUCUUCAAGCCAAACUUCAGCAGAGCUCAUUUCAUCAGCAACAGGAGGAGCUUGAGAGACUUCGCAAGGCAAUAGAGGAGAGUGAGGAGAAAUUAAAAUCUACUAAAGAGGUACAGAAGCGGGCUGAAGAAAAGUACAAAAUGUUGGAGAAUAAAAUGAAGAAUGCUGAAGCCGAGAGGGAGAAGGAAUUAAAGGCCGCUCAGCAGAAACUAAACGCAGCAAAGUCGAAAGCUGAUGCUUUUCAGAAGAAACUCAAGCAGAAACAGCAGGAGUCUGAUGCUGGCUUGUGUGGUGGGCAGGGGCCUGGGAGAGGAGAUACCACAGCAGAGGAAAUGAACUUGAUGGGCUGUUUGGUGCAGAAAACCCAAGGAUAA